AUGCUUCGGCGCAGCCACAAGAAGUUCCGCGGAGGUUGUUUGGAAUGCAAGCGACGACAUGUUAAGUGCGAUGGACGUCGCCCCGUAUGCCUCCUAUGUACCAUGUCCGAGCGGGAUUGCAGCUAUCCAUCCCAAGCCCCGCCAGAGAAGCUCUCGCCGUCGGAUUCAUCUUCACAGGAGCAGUCCAUAAGUCCAGGCGACAACCACAGCCAAGGCCUUGACGAGGCCAUCAACUUGAACCACAUGGAACUUCUCGUCCACGUAGCCUCCGACAAAAGCAUGUUCAAUCUCGGUCACAGCCCUAAUGACUACCCCUCCGACCUCUUUAUCGCUCUCAAGAAAGGUCUCAAGGCACCAUAUCUUAUGUAUAUGCUACUCGCAUUCUCCGCUCGCCAUCUAGCGUUCCUACAUCCUCAGCAGUCCGCCUUCUAUCUUCACCAAGCAAUGACCCUGCAAACACGCGCCGUCUCGCUCUUCAACGCCGCCUGGACCGGGGUCGACCAGUCCAAUUGCGUCGCCGUACUUGGCUUUUCCUCAAUCCUAGGGCACCACCUCCUCGCCGACACGCUCGCCAAGCGGGACCCAGGCGGGCUGGAGGGGUUCAUAUCCCACUAUACGCAGUGCGUGGAGAUGCACAGGGGCAUCCACACCAUCGCCACAAACGCGUGGCCGCUGUUGAUGGCGACGGAGCUGCAGCCGAUCCUAUCGUUGAGCGCGGACUUCACCUCACGAGCGCCCAGAGGCAACCACUGCCAGAGGAUCAGAGAGCUGGUGGACACGGCGAAUGGGCUGGGAGAGGAGGAUAAGGAGGCGUGUCGGCUGGCGAUCCAGUACCUGCAGGUCGGGUUCGAUGCAGUGCUGGCGGAGGAGGAGCAGAGCAACCGGUACCAGAUGAUCUUCUCGUGGACGAUGCUGGUGCCGCCGGAGUUCACGCGCUUGUUAGCGGCGAAGCGGCCGGAAGUGCUGGUCUUGUUGGCGUAUUAUUCGUUGUUGCUUCAUUACGGAAGAAAUCUGUGGCAGGUUGGGGACGCGGGGGCGUAUAUAUUAGGGAUCAUUGUGGACUAUCUUGGUCCAGAGUGGGAUCAUUGGCUUGAAUACCCACGGGAGAGGAUAACUAGAAAACCUCUUUAG